AUGGCAAAAAUCACUGAUGAUGCCGACUACGAUGCCGUCGAAGCGUUUGAGAAGGUACCGAAUCCACUGUCGGAUGCUGGGAAUCACGACAACUAUUAUCAAGACGACCUUGGACUAGGUGCGUUCUACUAA